AUGUUCGGUUUAGAUCGUUUAUCCAUCUUAUUUUACCAGAUAGACCCUCGAGACUACCCCGAGUACAUGGAAUGUGCGCGCAGCACGGAACAACCGGGCACUAUUCUCAUGGAGUCUCGGGCCAUGCAGGGCGUACGGCGCGUGGUUCCUAUUGGGUAUUUGCUUUCUGUUUUGUACUUCUACGGCUACCGCCGCCCGCGGCUCUCCUUUGCCGACCGCGAGCUCUCUAAACUGCAUCACUACUUUUACCCCAGUGCCGGGUACAGUACGCCCAUAGGAAUUCUCGGAGGGAUUGCUUACGCCUGCUACUAUGAUGGUUUCUGCGGCUGCUCCGAGGAGCGCGCUGCCCGCGCGGUUCUUUGGGAACGGUCGAAAGCUAUGGUAGCAUGGAGACAACAUCAACGGAUGCAGAGGGAGAAGGAGAAUGCUGAAGGGCAGCAGCACCAUUGGCUAUGGUCGAGGCUAACGUUUUCAUGGAGUGGUUGUGGGCACUCUUCUGGUGAUGAUAAGGCUCAAACUUUGUCGUACGAAGAUUUCUUAGACCCUUAUGGUGUUGUAAGUGUUGGAAAGCAGGCGGUGGAGGUACACGACCCCAGUUUUUAUCAAAUCUAUAGCAAGGAGCAGGUGGAUACGUUGGUUAGCGCAGCCAUGCGUCUCCGGAAGUCCCCUGAAGAGGAGCGGUGGCUCCGAACUUCUGGUCGUUUUGGUGGCUACGGCAUCAUAGGGAUGCUGCUGACGUGGAACAGUGGGGGUAUGUUCUUUCGCCUCUUCAUGGGCCUCGGCUUUGGCGUUGUUUGCGCUGGUGCCAUUUCGGGGGCGAAGUUGGAUUCUUGA